GUGGAUAGCAAGUACACAGAGCCUUAUCUGUUUCACUCUUAUAAAUCAAAUUAUUUCUGUCAAUGCAAGCUGUCGAAACCGUGUGUUUAAAAUGUUUGGCAGGCUCGAUAUACCUUUAAUCUGUUCCCAUGUAUGAGCACGGCAUACCAUAGAUGUCAGCAGUUAAUACAACAGUGCUUGUGUUGCUAUUUUCCAACUAUGUCUGGAAAGAUUGAAGAAGAACAGAAUGAUGCGUUGAACUGUAUAGUCUGCAAAAAGCUUUUGCAACGACCAAAAGUCCUUCCAUGUUUGCAUUCGCUGUGUUCGAGAUGUCUUCUGUCCGUUCUCGAUAGCAACAAAAGCAAAGAUAAAUUCCACUGUCCAAAAUGCGAGGAAACCACGAUCAUACCAAUAGGAGGAGUGGAGGGCUUCCAAGACAAUGUUUAUCUGAACGGGAUACUUGGCGUACAUAAUUCGCACAACAGCAAGGGGAAAGUCUGUGAUAUAUGCAGCCUGCGGAAGAAGAAAAACACCGCUACAUCCAAGUGCUUGAACUGCGGCGAUCUUCUCUGCCAGGACUGCAGUACUUCUCACUCAGCCACCCGCCAAACCAUCAACCACAAAGUUGUAGAUCUGGAGAGUGUUGUAAAGGGCACACACGACAAGGCCAUCAGACAACUGAACAGGAUACCUUGCGCUUCCCACCCAGAAGAGACGCUGGACAUAUUUUGCUACGACUGCAACUUCUUAGUAUGUCAUGAGUGCCAGCUUUCCUACCACUUCAGUCAUCACACGGUGGCUGUGGAUGACGCCGACAUUGAUCAACGUCAGGAAAUAGCAACCUCUCUACAGUUCCUAGACAGUAAGCUGAAACAUCUGAACGACAUAGAAGAAGGUAUAAACAACACGGAAGCGACCAUCAACGAAAAAGAAGAGCACAUUCUUGCAGACCUGGAGAACGCAACAGAGCAGCUUAUUACGCAAAUUCAAACAGAAAAGCGUGAUGUCACUCAAAAGGUAAAGGAGCAUAUGGAAAAGCAACGACAGAUUUGCAGGGAUCAUGUCAUUCAAGUGAGAUCGAGAAAGGAGACGAUCCAAGAAAGUUGCGAGUUUUCCAACGAAGUAGCUCAGUCUGGAAAAAAUGAUGAGGUUAUAUAUUUAGAGCCAAUAAUUCUUCAUAGGCUUCGCAACUUAGAAAAUCUUCCACGAUUGCGCGACGAAAUGACCUGCCAGUUUCCAGAGGUGCGCCUUCGAAAUAUCUUUGGAAACGUGGAAACAAUUCGAUUUUUCGAUUUCCUGCCAGGUUCGUCGAAUUCAGUAGCUUUACUGCCGCAGGAGAAUUCGGAUGUCAGCGGAGCGCCUCAAGUGUCCCAGUUAUUGAUGGUGAAAAAAGUAAACACAUUCACCAACGAAGACGAAACUUGUCCGAAGAUCAGCAGUCUUGCUAGCACCGAGGGAUUCUUUUUAGUCGGAGACAAUGCCAACAGAAAAAUCAAGAAGUUUAGUUCAACUGGAAAAUUUCUGGAAACGUUAUCGAGAUCGAAAUCAUAUAGCAUUUCCAUCUGUGAUGACACAGUUAUUUGCAGCGACAGUUUUUCCGUUGCUUUCUUUUCGGCAGGGUACAGUCGUAAAAUUGCCAUGGAUGGCACCAGCAGUACAUACCCUACGUGCGUUUACGAAAACAAGAAUUUCGCAGUCGCCGACAGCAGUGCGCACGAAGUGUAUAUCUUCGACAAAGCUGGUGACGUCAUCAGUAGCAUCCAGCUACCGAGAGCAAGCAGGAGGACCAGACGACGAAACUUGUCUUUCAUUUGUUGCAACAGUAAGGGCGAAAUCAUUGCAUCGGAUUGGGGGACGAAUUCUGUUUUCCUUGUCGGGAAGAACGGGAAAACUCUUUACGAAUAUCACAGUAAAAGCGAGUCCACGAGGGACUGGAUACCAGGUGGCGUGUGUGUCGAUAUCCAUGACAACGUCUUCAUUGCCGACCAACAGAAAGGUGCGAUCACCAUUCUUAGCCCCAAAUUUAAAGUAAUUUUGAAACAUUCGACGAAGAAGGACUACCUCGAGAGACCCAUGAACAUUGCCUUUGACAGUUCUGGUCAGAUUCUAGUUGCAGGCAAAAAUGGCAUCGUCAACAUUUAUUCUUGCAAAUAUUUGUAGGCAAUGGAUAGUACUAGAGAUGGUUUAAAAAAAACCAAGAGCAUUUGUAGCAUAAUUGUAGACUUUUGCAUUUGUCCUUAGUUUUGACGUGGGCAUUCUCAGGAAAUAUGUAUUAUUCACUAAUCAAUAAAUCUGAGAGUUAUAGAAGUGCUAAUAUGCUCGUAUAGGCACGCCAAAAUUA